AUGCCGCAACGUCCAGGGGAUUGGCAGACGGUAGAGCACCUCCAGCUCUAUCACCGCGUUGCACAUCGGGCACGUGGGCUGCCGCCCCUGCCUGCACCCGCCAAAACCCACCGCACACCUCAGCCGCCUGACACAUCUCAUCUUGCCAGCCGGUGCCGCAGCACCGUACAAUUCAGAGCCAUCAAAGACAGGUUCAGCAGGCUCGAAGACGUUCAAAACGCCUUGAGGACGAACGGAUUGGAGAGUUCUCAGCUUGUUGUGGGAAUCGAUUUUACCAAGAGCAACGAGUGGACAGGCAAGUAUAGCUUUGGGGGCCUGAGUCUGCAUCACGUGGGCCAGCAGCCCAACCCUUACGAGCAGGCAUUCAGCAUCAUUGGCCGCACGCUUGCCCCAUUUGACGAUGACAACCUCAUCCCAGCCUAUGGCUUUGGAGACGCGUCCACUCAUGACACCCACGUGUUCUCCUUCCUGCCCAACAGUCAGCCAUCCCAGGGGCUGGAUCAGGUCCUGUGGCGCUACCGCAGCAUCGUGCCGCAUGUCAAGCUGUCUGGGCCCACCAGCUUUGCCCCGCUCAUCCACCAGGCGAUCCGUGACACUGCUGCCUCUGGCAUGCAGUACCACAUCCUCCUGCUCCUUGCCGAUGGGCAGGUGACGCGCAGUGUUGACAUGGGUCCUGGCGAGUACAGCCCUCCAGAGAGGGCAACCAUGGACGCCAUAGUUGCCGCCAGCUAUUUCCCGCUGUCAAUCGUGAUGGUGGGACUUGGCGACGGCCCAUUUGACACAAUGCGCGAGUUUGACGACGCUUUGCCGACGCGCCGCUUUGACAACUUCCAGUUCGUCGACUUCACCUCGCUCAUGCGCGAGGCUGCAGGCAUGCCGAGCGCGAGGGCCGAGGCGCUGUUUGCACUACGAGCUCUGAUGGAGAUCCCCGACCAGUACCGCACGAUCAUGCGGCUGGGGCUCAUCGGUUCAACUCCCAACCCUAGCAUCAUGGCACGGUUGAUGCCCCCCGCCCUGGGCCCCCCGCCGCCUGUUCUGGCCGCUGACACUGCGCUUUCCAGCGGCAUUCCCUCCUCUAACCCCGUUGCCACCCAUGGCAGCUACGGCAGCCCGAACGUUGCCCACUCCGAGGUAAUCGUCUGUUGA